UUUUUCCUUUUAACUUAUCUUCCUUCUACUACGGCCUUACUCUCCCUUCAGUGGAAAGACUUUCUUCUUCGCUUAUGGACUUAUUCUGUUCUCAAGACUGACUACCUAUAAAGAUCCAUCACCACACACUUCCUCUAUAUCUAUCUCCAUCCAAUAAAAAAACGUCCUAUAUUGUUGUGUUGCUUAGAUCGGCGAAGAGUCCUCAUCCAAGAUGGUUGAUAAGGAAUCCAUUCGGACUAUCAUCGGCAUCAUCGGAAAUGUCAUUUCUUUCUGCUUAUUUGCAUCCCCAAUGCCAACUAUAUACAAGAUAUGGAAGAAGAAAGCAGUGGAGGGCUUCGAACCUGACCCUUACCUUGCAUCAACAUUGAAUUGCAUCAUGUGGGUCUUCUAUGGUCUCCCUUUUGUCCAUCCCCAUAGCCUUCUCAUCGUCACCAUCAAUGGCGUUGGCCUCGCUUUGGAGAUCAUCUAUGUCCUCAUCUUCUUCAUCUUCGCCGGCAACAACCAAAAGAUGAGAAAGAAGAUAUUGGUGGUUCUGUUGGUUGAAGUAAUCUUCUUCGCUGUGAUAGCUUUGGUAACCCUUCUCUGUUUUCACACAACCACUAAGAGGUCUCUAUUUGUUGGGAUCAUUUCUGUGUUCUUCAAUUGUUGCAUGUACCUUUCUCCAUUACUUAUCAUGAGGAAGGUUAUAAGGACAAAGAGUGUUAAAUACAUGCCAUUUCUGCUCUCUCUCACCAAUUUUCUCAAUGGAGUAAUCUGGGUCACCUAUGCGCUCCUCCGUUUCGAUCCAUUUGUUCUCACUGGGAAUGGAAUUGGAUCACUGGGAGGCUUAGCUCAACUCAUAUUAUAUGCAGUCUACUACAGAUCAACCCCGAGAGAUGAUGAGGAUACAGGCGGCAAUAAGCUCAUGGGACCUCCUGUGGUGGAGCUAUCCACUCGGCAAACGAUUUGAUUUGUGGAGAAGGAGAACCCAGUGGCUGAAGUUGGGCUAAGUUUAUGGCCUUCAAUAAUUAGAACCCAUCUAUGUUGGUGUGUGUGUAACCAUGGGAUUACCUUACCCACAGGUAAGUUUUGUUGGUUUUUAUUUACUAAAAGAGAAAAAAAAAUCUCAAAAGAUAAAGAUCCAAAUGCUUUCAUGAUC